GCGAAGAGGACCUUGCCAGAGGACGAAGUGGUUACUGUUGCAUCUUACCUCGAAGGUAAGGCAGCCAAAUGGCUAGAUGGUAUAGUUGCAAAGGUCGGGCAUGGGACGACGUAUGGCGGACUGGGCUCAAUCUAUUACGUUAGACCAAUUCUUCGAGACGGUGGAAGCUCGCUGGCACAAUCCUCAGCAGGCACAAAUUGCCACCGAUGCGAUAAAUAGACUGGAUCAAAGAAAGUUUAAGUCAGUCAGAGAGCUUACGACUACCAUAGAGAGCCUCAUCGUCGUUCCAGGCAUCAACUAUAGUGACCAGUUCCUGUUGACUACGUUCGUUAGAUGUCUUUCAGAGAACCUCAGGAACUUGCUGGCCAGCCAGGCUCGCCUCGAGUACCAUUCGUUUGAGACAUUGUCUAGAAAAGCCUUAGACUUAGAGGCUACACUAGGAAAUGCUCAACCCUCUCAGAAUGAUGCGAGGAAGAAGAAGAGUCCGCAGGAAUGGAAGAAGAAGGGGGCGAAGUUGAUGAUGGUUGAGUCCGAUGGGACUCGAACAGAGAUCGAUGACCUCACAGACCUGUUGGACGUUUCAGAGUACGACGGCGAGGAGACCGCUGAGGGUAGCACCCUUGCCGCAGUAGUCAAGGCUAAGGCUGGUGGCCGAGUGAAGGGCCAACCAAAGAGUCAAGGGAAGGCCGCCUUCAAUCAGACCAAAGUGGCUGAUUGGGUCAAGGCAGGUCUUGAUCAAGACGUGUGGCGAGACCGCCGAGUGCGUGGUGCUUGUAUCAACUGUGGUGAAUACGGACACACCCAGUACAAGUGUCAGAACGCUAAGAAGCCGUUCAUAGUGACCACUGAYGCAAGCCAAUACGGCAUUGGCGCAGUGYUGGCUCAGCAGGAUGGGAAGAAGUUGAGACCGAUUGAGUACAUGAGCAAGAAAAUGCCAUCGAAGAAAUUGGCAAAGUCCACCUACGAAAGGGAACUCUAUGCUCUCUAYAAGGCACUUGUCCAUUGGAGACAYUUYCURUUGGGACGGUUCUUCUACUUGAGAACUGACCAUCAGACGCUCAAAUGGAUCAAGACUCAACCGGCUCUUUCCGAUGCACUCAAGCGCUGGAUUGAGGUCAUAGAUCAAUAUGACUUCAAGCUUGAGUAUCUGAAGGGAGAGUACAACAAGGUUACGGAUGCGCUAUCCCGUAAAGCAGACUGCCUAGGUGCGCUAGUUUCUGACUUUGGUGUAUCUGAAGAAGUAACUCAAUCAUUGGUGGGAGCCUAUCAGGAAGACCCUGUCAUGAUGGACAUCAUACUCAAACUUCAGGCAAAAGACAAGGCCACGGAAAGUGAGUUUGUGAUGGUGGACGGGCUACUCUAUCUUGAUAAGGCCGGUGUUAAGAGGCUAGUAGUUCCAUCUAGUGAACGUUUGCGUAGUUUGUUUUUAGGAGAAUGUCAUGACGCAACCGGGCACUUUGGUUACAAAAAGACGAGUGCUAAUCUAGUACAACGAUUUUGGUGGCCUGGAAUGUUAGAUGACGCGAACAAGUAUGUAGAGACCUGUCAGGUCUGUCAGCGGGACAAGCCGCGAACUCAAGCACCGCUUGGGUUGCUGAAGCCCUUACCUAUCCCCGCUGGUCCAGGACAGAGUCUUUCCAUGGAUUUCAUGGAUACCCUGGUGACCAGCAAGAGUGGCAAGAGGCACAUCUUCGUCAUCAUUGAUCGAUUCACCAAGUACGCUAGACUAGUUGCCAUGCCAGAGACCGCAAGGACAAACCAUGUCAUCAAGUUGUUCCAGGACAACUGGGUGCGUGACUUUGGUUUACCAAAGACAAUCGUUAGUGACAAAGAUGUUUGUUUCAUAAGUGAGCUGUGGAAGAAGACUGCUGAGCAGAUGGGCAGUCAACUUCAGAUGACUUCAGGGAAUCAUCCUGAAGCCAACGGACACGCCGAGCAAAUGAAUAGAGUUGUACAGCACUUGCUGAGGCAUUACAUCAAGCCCAGCCAGGAUGAUUGGGAUGAGAAGUUGCCUCUCAUCGGUAGCCUAUACAACAACGCUAUACACAGCAGUACCGACGUUAGUCCUAACCAGCUGCACUUGGGAUGGAAGCCUAGAUCUGCUCUAGACUUCCUCCUACCUGAAAACCGACCCGCUGCAACUCCAGGCACACUUGAAUAUGGUGUGCAGUAUGAGAAGUUGYUGCAGCAAGCUGUCGAGCACAUCAAGAAGGCUCAGCAAGCAAUGAUUGCUUCUGAGAACAAGCAUCGACAACAGUCCUCAUUUCAGGUAGGGGAACGUGUCUGGGUCAAGGCUAGUGAGCUAGGACAGGAAUUCGAUAUCUCUAGAAAACUAAUGCCUCAGUACUUUGGUCCUUGGGAAGUCCUGGAUGUAGUGGGGGAUGAGAUGGAUGGUCCUACCUAUGUUAUCCGUAUCCCUGGACACCUACGCACUCACCCAGUCUUUCAUGCCUCAAAGCUUGCACCUUUCGCUGAGACUGAUCAAUUCCCUUCAAGGAGAUCGAUGCUGCCCCCAACCAUGGAUGGCCAAGUGGACAUCGACGACAUUGUGGAUCACAAGGACAUGCCUGUUCCAAAGCCGCUAGGUCGAGGAAGACCUCCUAAACCCAAGACAGAGUACCGCGUCAGAUUCGGGCAUCAUACGGAUCCGAAGGAAGAUCGGUGGUUCACCAGAGAGGAAUUGAUUGACACAGCUCCUCAAGUGGUGGCAGAAUAUGAAAGAAAGUUAAAAGGGAAGGCACAUGCGAAGUAAGCAUCUCAGCGGACUUUCGAAGCUAAGGGGGAUGGAAUGUGAGGAUUGAGCCCUCAAGAAGGGGCCUUGCCAUGAUGUACAUGUUCUGGGCUAAGGCCCCAGCAAGCCUCGUGCCCGCCCUAAGUGAAGGCGGGCCAGCAAAUCAACAAGA